UCAGAGCAGUUCUUCUUUCAGUCUGUGAGUAUGAGGAAGUAUGCUUGAAUGUUAUAGUGGCUCUCGGAGCCCUGUGGGUCGUUGCUGUUGGGAUUAACACUGCCUGAAGACAUCCUCUUCUGUGAUGGUGGUACUUUGAGAAGGGACCUUCUGUGGAAAUAGCAACAUACACACACAUACACUCCCUCUGGACAGUGGACACCCGAGGCAAGACUGUGGAAGGAGACGGUUGCUGGCACACACACAACCAAAGCGAUGGCUAAGUACCACUGGCAGAGUCAGAAUGUGAAGCAGAGUGGCGUGGACGACAUGGUCCUGCUGUCCAAAAUCAGUGAGGAUGCUAUUGUGGAAAACCUCAAGAAGAGAUAUAUGGAUGACUACAUCUUUACCUACAUCGGUGCUGUACUGAUAUCAGUCAACCCAUUUAAACAGAUGCCCUAUUUCACUGACAGGGAAAUUGAACUCUACCAAGGGGCCGCCCAGUAUGAAAACCCUCCCCACAUCUAUGCUCUAACUGACAAUAUGUACAGGAAUAUGUUAAUUGAUGGAGAGAAUCAAUGCGUUAUUAUCAGUGGUGAGAGUGGAGCAGGGAAGACGGUGGCUGCAAAGUACAUCAUGGGUUACAUCUCCAAAGUAUCUGGGGGAGGAUCAAAAGUGCAGCAUGUAAAAGAUAUCAUCCUGCAGUCUAAUCCUCUGUUGGAGGCCUUUGGCAAUGCAAAGACUGUCCGUAACAACAACUCUAGUCGCUUUGGUAAAUACUUUGAGAUCCAGUUCAGCAGAGGAGGAGAGCCAGAUGGAGGCAAAAUCUCAAACUUCUUGCUGGAGAAGUCGAGGGUCGUGAGCCAGAAUGAGAAUGAGAGGAACUUUCACAUUUACUAUCAGGUGAUUGAGGGCGCCAACGCGCAGCAAAGGGAGAACCUGGGCAUCAUAACGCCAGACUAUUACUACUACCUCAACCAGUCUGGGACUUACAAGGUGGAUGGGACCAAUGACAAUACAGACUUCCAGGAGACUAUGGAAGCCAUGCAAGUGAUUGGGAUCCCACAGGAAAUCCAGGCUCAGGUGUUGCAGAUUAUUGGAGGCAUCCUCCACCUGGGGAACAUCACCUUCAUAGAGGCAGGCAACUAUGGACAGGUGGAGAGCACAGACUUGCUGGUCUUCCCAGCCUACCUGCUGGGUAUUGACCCCAACCGUCUGCAGGAAAAGCUGACCAGCCGAAAGAUGGAUUCAAAGUGGGGUGGGAAGUCGGAGUCCAUUGACGUGACCCUGAACCAGGAACAGGCCACCUACACACGAGAUGCCCUGGCCAAAGCCCUCUACACACGACUCUUUGACUAUUUGGUGGAGGCUAUUAAUAAAGCCAUCCAGAAGCCCUAUGAGGAGUACAGUGUUGGUGUACUUGACAUUUACGGCUUCGAGAUAUUCCAGAAAAAUGGCUUUGAGCAGUUCUGUAUCAACUUCGUCAAUGAGAAACUGCAACAAAUCUUUAUUGAGUUGACCCUGAAGGCCGAGCAGGAAGAGUAUGUUCAGGAAGGCAUCAAGUGGUCACCCAUUGAGUACUUCAACAAUAAAGUUGUGUGUGACCUCAUUGAAAACAAGCUGAACCCUCCUGGCAUAAUGAGCGUGCUGGAUGACGUGUGUGCCACCAUGCAUGCCAAGGGAGAGGGGGCAGAUUGCACCCUGCUGCAGAAACUGCAGGCUGCUGUGGGAACCCAUGAGCAUUUCAACAGCUGGAACUCUGGUUUCGUCAUACACCACUAUGCUGGCAAGGUUUCGUAUGAUAUCAAUGGCUUCUGCGAGAGAAACAGGGACGUGCUUUUCCCUGACCUCAUAGAGCUUAUGCAGAGCAGCCAACAUCACUUCAUCUGUAGCCUAUUCCCUGAGAACCUUAACACAGAGAAGAAAGGCAGGCCAACCACAGCCAGCUCUAAGAUCAAGAGACAAGCCAAUGAGCUGGUGAACACUUUGAUGAAGUGCACUCCUCACUAUAUCCGCUGCAUCAAACCUAAUGAGACCAAGAGGCCAAAGGACUGGGAAGAGAGCAGGGUGAAGCAUCAAGUUGAAUACCUCGGGCUGCGGGAAAACAUUCGGGUACGACGGGCCGGCUUUGCCUAUCGCAGAGUUUUCAAUAAGUUCCUGCAGAGGUAUGCCAUCCUUACUGGUGAAACCUGGCCAUGUUGGCGAGGUCCAGAGCAGCAAGGUGUCCUUCACCUCCUCAGGUCAGUCAACAUGGAGAAUGACCAGUACCAGAUGGGACACACCAAGAUCUUCAUCAAGAACCCCGAAUCACUGUUCCUGCUGGAAGAAAUGAGGGAAAGGAAAUUUGACACUUUCGCUAGAACCAUCCAGAAGGCCUGGAGGAAGUACAUCGCCCAGAGGAAGUAUGAACAGAUGAGAGAGGAGGCCUCAGACAUCCUGUACAACUCUAAGGAACGUAGGAAGAACAGCAUCAACAGGAACUUUGUCGGUGACUACAUCGGUCUGGAGCAAAGGCCUGAACUGCGUCAGUUCCUGGCUAAGAGGGAGCGGGUUGACUUUGCUGACUCCGUCAACAAGUUUGACCGCAGGUUUAAGUCCAUUAAGAGGGACCUCAUCUUGACUCCUAAAUGUAUCUACCUGAUUGGCCGAGAGAAGGUGAAGAAGGGACCUGAGAAAGGGCAAAUAAAAGAGGUGCUGAAACGAAAGCUGGAGUUUGAAAACAUCAAUGGCGUCUCUCUCAGUAUGAGACAGGACGAUUUCUUCAUUCUGCACGAAGCCGAGUACGACAGUCUGCUGGAGUCCACCUUCAAGACGGAGUUUCUGAGCUUACUCUCUAAACGCUAUGAGGAGGUGACCAAAAGGAAACUGAUGCUUUCCUUCAAUGACAGAAUAGAGUUCAAAGUGAAGAGGGAGGGUUGGGGUGGAGGGGGAUCCAGAGUGGUGGUAUUCCAGGGGGGACAAGGGGACCUGGCCCAGGUCAAACCUUCAGGGAAGUCUCUUACCAUCGCAGUGGGGAGUGGUCUGCCCAAGACCUCUAAGCCAACCAGGAAGAGUGCUCCACAGCAACGUAGAGGAGGGAAGAGUCAACCAGCCAGCAAAGGGUUCCGAAAUGGAGCUGCCCAGAUUCCCAGAGGCAACGCCCCUCAGACCCAAUCAGAUGUCACCCGCAGAAACAUGUCCAUACAGAAACAUGGCCGGCCACCCAGUGCAACCCUAUCGAAAUUGGGAUCCCAGAUAACCCCCAGAGCCUUGGUUCAGAACCAACACCAGCAAGGGAGCCUGGACUUCCUCAAUGUGCCUGACCAGGGCAUGUCAGGGAAGCAAAGGAAAAGGAGUAUCAACCAGCGGCCUCCCCCUGCUCCUAAACCCCAGCAACGCCCUCAGGGACCACGUUGUCGAGCAUUGUACCAGUAUAUUGGCCAGGACUCUGACGAAAUCAGCUUUGACGUCAAUGACAUCAUUGACCUGCUUAAAGAAGAUCCAUCAGGAUGGUGGACGGGCAGGAUUCGAGGGCAGGAGGGUCUUUUCCCUGGAAACUAUGUGGAGAAGAUUUGACCAGAACUGAGAGACAAGAUGAGUGAGAUCAUUGUUGGUUCUUCACUGAGCAAGCCGAGUUGCUGUCCAAUCCCAUCAACCAGACGUCUGCCUGAGCAUAUCUCAAUUUAUUUGAAGGAGUACAACUACUCUACGAAAGAAACCUAGAGGGGAAUUGCAAUUUGUCACACGAUAGAUCUUCACCCUGAGGCCUUUUUUAAAAGGCUGCGGAGGGUGAAUUUUGCUGGCAUAUGAGCCACAUAGGACUUGUUCAACAACAUACAGUACAAGAAGAGUAGAUGCAUUGUCGUGUUGCACAUCAGAGUUAAAACCGAGGUCCCAUGAAGAAAACUGCUCAUCUCCGUUUUUCUGCCACAUCAUUCUGUUUGCAAGAUCUUUGACCCACCCCAUUUUUUGUAAUACUCCCUAUUUUAACCCAUUGGUUCUUUGAAUUGAAUUCAGUCUUAUUCUGGAGUCCAAGGCUUUACAACAAAGUGACCUUAAAGGAAUGUAAUAUUUUCAGUUGUUUACAUUUUGCUGAAACUGUGGUAAUCCCAAAGCUGUUAAGAAAAAUUAAACUUUUCCAUGCCCCUGAAAUUCAUUUGCUUUAUAUGGAAAUAUACCCAUGCACAGAUGCAGUGACAAUGAAAUGUAAAAGGAAAUA